AUGAAGAUGGAAUAUCCCUCCGCUGCUGCAGCAGCAGCUUCGCCGCCUUCCCCUGCGUCUCCGGAGCCCCCUUCUCCGCCAGCAGCAGGCGGGCUGCCUGCAGCAGCAGCAGCAGCAGCGGGUCCCGCAGCAGCAGCAGCAGCAGCAGCAGCAGCGGGGCGGCGGCGGCGCAGCUGCCGCUGCUGCAGCCUGAGCCUCUGCUACCGCGCGUGUCUGCUGCUGCAGCUGCUGCUGGCGCUGCUGCGGCUGCUGUCGCCGCGGCCGCUGCUGGCUGCGGGCAACUUGUUCCUGCUGCUGCUGGGCUGGGGCCAGCAGCAGCAGCAGCAGCAGCAGCAGCAGCAGCAGCAGCAGCACACUUCCCUCGCCCUUAUGGCCUUUCUUGGCUCGACCCCAAAUUCUAUUGGAGGCCCUACGCCCCGGGGGCCCCCGGGGGGGCCCCUGGGGGGGCCCCCAGGCCAUGAGGCGCUGAUGCCCCCUGAGAGGCCCCCAGCUUUGUUUCAAAUUUAUAUUGAGCUCAUUAGCUUUUGCUGCAGUCCUGUGAUUUGCCUGCUGACGGCGUGGGUGGCCUGGAGGAUCUACAAGUCUCGGCUGCCUUCGUUUUUGCAAGAAGGGGAUUUGGUGUUUCAGUCUUUUGCUGCUGCAGCAGAAGACACGCCGCUGCUGCUGCAGCAGCAGCAGCAGAUGCUGCUGCAGCAGCAGCUGCAGCAGCAGCAGCAGCAAACCAUCGUUGUGGGGCCCGAAUGCACUUUUGUGCCUUUCAGGGGAGAAGGCAGAACCCUGGGCAGCCCUAGAGACAAAACCUAG